AUAUGAUAUCAUGUAUAUUUUAAAUAUGAAAAAAUAAACUAAAGGAAGAAAUCACAAAACUUGGAUUUCUGCUUUGGCUACUCACCCUUCACCAUUAUCUAAUGAAAGAACAGCCCAAUUCUAUUUAUUUUUACAUCUCUCGUCUUCGUGCCAUAAGCAAAGCUGGGUGCAAUACUCAAUUGCCUCACUCCAGCACAGAUGUUAACACAAAGAAUAGAACUCAGAAUCCUGAGGAAUAACAGCAUUCGUCGUUUUCAAAAUGAUUCUAAGCACUGUGAAGAUAACAUUGUCCUCAAGAUGGGUGUGCAGCACAUCAAUAAAGGCUGAGGCAGAGAUGAGAACCGCAUUUCCUGUAUAGUGUUGGAGCUUCUCUAUGACAGAAUGAUUUGGAUUCUGCAAAACGAGAAAAAUCAGUCCAAAUGAUAAGUGCCAGGAUCCCCGUGAGCUUGGAAGCAAAUGAGCUACAAGGCUGAAACAGCUCUUCACUUUUGGCUUCAAGAGAGAGGAGUCCUACAUUCCUCCUGUGCUGCGCUUCCAACAGCAUACAGUAAUACGCGGGCUGCAGGCUUUUGGCUCUGGCACUGCUCCCUCACAUAGGAAGAAAAAGUGAAGGGUGCUGCCCUCUCCUGCUGGGAAAUGUCACACCCAUCCAGGUUUGCCAGCUGAAGCGGCAGCUCCAUCUGCACGACCCACCUUUAUGUAGGAGCCAAUACAGUGUCCACCAUGCCUGAAUUAGAGCCGCUGGGUGUGCCCAGACCCCCAGCCAACGCCAGCCGGAUCCAGAGGAAUAUCCUGGAGGAACAUGUGGAGCUAUGGUGGUUCCAGGAACCCAGAAAAUCAUUUGUCUGCUAUGGGGUAGCUGUGGCUCUGAUCCUUGCCUGCGGGGUAGGUGGCAUUGCACUGCUCUAUAGUACAAGCAGCCGCUCUGGGGAAUGGAGGCUGGCAGUGGGCACAACACUCUGCCUACUGGCACUCUUGGUCUUACUGAAGCAGCUGCUGAGCUCAGCCAUCCAGGACAUGAAUUGCAUUCGCAGCCGAGAGCAAGUUGCGCUACUGAAGAGCGGCGGUGCCUCGGACUGUGCGGUGUUGCUCGUGACAUCCCUGGUGCUGCUGGUGUGUGGCACAGUCCUCACUGUGCUUUCCACCACCAGCGUUGGCAGCAACCCAACUGCCCAACGCCCCCUUGCCAGCAUGUUUGUCAGUGGCAUUGUGCUCACAGCCUCUGGAGCGAUCAUCCUGCUCAGCCUGCUGCUCUAUUUGAUGUGGACUUCUUGUUGCUCAGCUGUGCCUCCAAACCGGGACGCUGGGGACAACAGCACCCUCUUCACCAUCUCGGGACGCAUCUCAGCCGACCGGCGGCUCGCUCCUACCUCUAGCACAGCAAAUCUCAUUUAACCCUCAAGUAAACGCCUAGUGGCUGCCGCCGCCUUUGACCGCAGGGUUGAACUCUCAAUAUUGGACUGGCAUUUGCACUUUACGACAACCAGCCUGGCCCAGAUGCGUCUUCCUGUGCUGCACUCAGCAAUGUGCUGGAAUUUCUGCUGCAGAGCUGUGCUGCCAAGAUAGCGGCCUGGGCUUGUUGGCCAGAGACCACAACACAUAAAGAUGUUUUCGCUACUGAGUGCUGGGAGAUAAAGGUGUGGAAAUAGUCGACGUUCCAAAGAAGGGCUUUUCUAGCACAACAGUGAAAAUGGUACUAGAGGCUGUUCAAUUUGGAUAGAGUGUUUCUCUCACACACAAAUGUUCGUUUCACUAAUUAGUUUCCUCAACAUUUCUGAAGUGGCACCAGGCAUUACCCCAACCUUUUUCUUUUAAAAAAAAUAAUUUAUAUUGAUUUUCCCAACCUCUUAAUGUUUAUCUUUGCAGCCCCAAGGUCUACUUACUUUUACAAAAAUGAAUGAUGCAAUUAUACAGAAAUGGAAUUUGGUGCCCAAACCUUGUUUUUGUGUGAUGUGAUUGUCAUUAUCAUGGAAUGCAUACAGUUCUGUUUUGAAUGGAUAGUUACAUGGAGGCUGAAGGAUAAUUAAGCUGCAUGGAGCAUAUCUCCGAACAGUUUUAUUGUCCUCGCCAGAACAGUGAGGACAGUGGCAGACACAUACACACGUACCCUUACUACCCAGCACUGGCACCUGAUAGCAGGAUACAUGGAUGGGAGUGACAUUUCCUUGCUUGAAUGCUCCUGCGUACUCAGGAUUAGAAACAAGACCAUGGAAAUUGAUACCAGGAAUGUGUGCAUGUAUACAAGACGAGCAUCAAUGUAUGGGUGGCGAAUACAGCUGGCAUUGGGGGACUUAGUUAAUAGAGUAUGAGGAAUUAAUAACUACUUUGCUUACUCAAGAGACCUCUCUGUAAGGGAAAUCAUCAAAGCUAACAGCCAAGUAGGCUUGCUCUGUCUGUUUCUAUCUAGAGCACCUUCCCAAAAGGUCUUGAAGUAGACUCACAUGUGGAUACAAAAAAUCAGUGGGUACAAUUUAUUUUGUGACCACAAUUGUGCCCAACUGAGUUUCCCCACACUAGUGUAACCAUAUCUCUUUAACUUGAAUCAAUUCUUAACUUGAGGUGAGCCCCAAGCCCUGAUUUAUAAAGGAGCCCAGAAUACACAGCCUCUGCCCUGAAUGAGUUGAUGCUUAACAGGCAGAGCAAGGGCAGUAUUUGCAACAGCUGAUAUAAUUUUUUUAAAGGGCCAGGAUCACUGAAAGGCUUACAAUAGAAGCAGAAGCAUGGCAAUGUCUCCCAUGAUAUACUACAGCAAGGCAGAAGGCUACACCUUCACAAUUUGCCCUUAUACCAAACACAAACACACAACUGUAUGCCAUCAGUAUGCAAAUUGCUGAAUCUAGGUAUUCUGUACAAAGCAACUCCAGAUUGUGCACUCAACAGUAAAUAAUACAAAUUAGUAACAAGUUAA